AUGACUCCGGUCGCGGACGACGUCGCGACCGCGGACGUCCUGUCGCCUCGCGCGGCCAAAAAACAAAAGAUGCGGACGACCUCGCAGCUGUCCGAGCUCUGCGGCCUGGACGAUGUCCUCGACGCGCCGCACGCGCCGCGGGAGUCCUCCGCGGCGGCGGCGGCGAGCACGUACGAGACCCCGGUGCGGUACCCGGCGUCCGCCGCGCCCGCGGGGGCGCCGAUACGCGACGUGGACACCGACGACAAACCGCAUCAGCCGUCGUUGCAUCGCGCGUCCGGGGGCAGCUCGGACGUCUCGACGCUCGUCUCCCCCGCGGGCGGCGCGGCGCCUCCGGGGAUCGUCCGCCACGGGAGCCUCCCUAAGAACCUGCACAUCAACAUCCCGCGCGCGAGCGUCGGCAGCGGCGCGUCCGAGGACACGAACGCCGACGCGGCGGACGCGGACGCGGACGCGGCGGCGUCCGAACGCGUCCCGCCGGUGACGCCCGCGACGGCGUUCACGGCUGUGCCGCUGCACGCCGCCGUCGCCGCGGGACGCGUCGAGGACGUGCGACUGUGGCUGGAGGAGCACGCGCCGGUGGACUCCCGCGACGUGGACGACGGCGUCGGAGAGAGCGAUCGAAACGGAAACGGAAACGACGACGUCGUCGCGUCCACGCCGGAGUGGCCGCCGCGGCCGGUCCGCGAUAUCCUCGGCCCCGAGAGCGUCUCGAGGGAGCCGCCGGAGUCGAGCGACGGGAAGCUCCCCGCGCGUCCGGUCGUUCGAGGCAUCCCGGGGAGGCGCGCGCCGCGUGCGAGCGUCCGCGUGCGAGACAGCGACCGGUCCAGCGGCGGCGACCUGGGGGCGCGCGGCGGCGGCCCCGUGGACGCGAGGAACGAGCACGGGAACGCCGCGCUCGCCGUCGCCGCGGCGCUGUCGGACGCGGCCGUCUCGGCGACGCUGACGAGGUUGUUGCUGACGCACGGCGCGUCGCCGCUCGUGCUGUCGUCCGGGUGGACGCCGCUGCACUGGGCCGCGCAGGAGGGAAACGUGGAGUCGUUAGAGGCGAUGGCGGCGUGGGAGGGCGGACGAGCGGUGGACGCGCGGUGCGAGGCGUUUGGCAGGACGCCUCUGACGACGGCGGCGUCGGCGGGUAGGGGCGCGUGCGUCGAGGCGCUGAUUCGCGCGGGCGCGGACGCGCUCGCGCUGGACGUCGACGGCGCCGGGGUGUUGUCGCACGUCGCGACGAAGGUGUCCAAGGGCGUGCGGUCCAAGGUGCGCGCGGCGACGAGGUCGGCGUUGCUCGCCGCCGCUCCCAAAUUGAAGGUGCUCCUUCUGCAUCACGAGGACUGCGGGAAGCACGUCUCGUUUAAACCGCAUCAGGAGUCCCCGGAGCGGAUCGCGGCCGUCUUAGCGUCGCUCGCGAAGGGCGCCGCGUCUGGGGCACUCGCGGAGGACGAGGUCAGCGUCUCGAGCGAGUUCGAACCCGCGACGGCGACGCACUUGGCGCGGGCGCACGGCGAGGAGUACAUCGGGAUGAUCACCGACCUCGCGGAGCGCGUCGCGAACACCCCUGUCGCGUUCACGCCGUACCACCAGGAGUUUAAGGGGAUGCCGCAGGCGAAGCAGAAGAAGCCGGAGUUCAGCGACACGUUCUUCUCCCCCGGGACGAUGACCGCGGCGCUGAGAGCCGCGGGCGGGGUCGUGCACGCGGUCGAGAAGGUGUUGAGGGGCGAACGACGAACCGCGUUCGUGUGCGUGCGGCCGCCAGGGCAUCACGCGGGCGUGAACGGCGCGACCGCGGGGGCGCCGAGCGCGGGGUUCUCGAUCCUCAACAACGCGAUGAUAGGUGCGUCGCGUCGGUCGCGGUUUUUCUCUUCGUUUCGUCACGCGUCCCGCGCUUCUCUCGUCUUCGUUCGUUCCGCGCCGCGCGGGGGAUGUCCUCGAGUCGCCGUGCGAAAUUUCGUCGCCGGCGCCUCGGCGACGACGCGAACGUCCCCUCGAGGGACGUUCCGACCCCCGAAAUGUACGUCGGUUUCUGAUGACUGGAGGCGCGGAGAUCACGUCGCCCUCGGACAGAUACGAGCCGCACAUCCCAACGCGCGUUCGAUCGCACGGUACAGUAUCCUUCCCCUCGAACGGUCGGUCGACGUCUGA